AGACGAGGUGACAGACGAGGUGACACGCUUUGAUUCCCCGGCCGGUGACAUGCACCUCACACCUGGUGGCGCACCGGAUUGGUGCCCGGACCCCCGGGUAUUGAAAGUGACCGUCGGUGGGCACUGCGUGCGGAGGGAGUCCAAGUCCCAGGUGACCCGCGAGUCCCGAAAAUCCCUGCUUUUGCUGGACGUGCUGUGUCUCUGUGUGGUUUCCAUCCCGUUCUUAAUCUGUGAGCUGGGAUUGGUUGCGCCGGUUCACCGCGGGUUUUUCUGCGAUGAUAUGUCCAUCCAAUUCCCGGAGACGCGCGAAGAGACCGUGAGUGACACCGUAUUGAUCAGCGUGGGGAUUCUCAUCACAGGGCUUGCUAUUGUUUUUGGCGAAUGUCACCGCGUCAGCAGACAGCGCGGUUCUAACACCUGCCCGAGGGAGGGGUAUUUCUCAGCCGUGUACCGCCAGAUCCUCCCCUUCCUGUUUGGCUCGGCCCUCGGACAGUCUCUAACGAACGCGGCCAAGCUGAGCGCAGGUCGUCUGAGGCCGAACUUCCUGUGCAUAUGCCAGCCGGAGGCCUUAAACUGCACAACGGGGUUCAUUGAGACGUACAGGUGCACGGGGGACCCGGGAGCGGUGACCGAGGCCAGGAAAUCAUUCUACUCUGGUCAUGCCUCGUUCUCCUUGUAUUCCAUGCUGUAUCUCUCGUUUUACCUGCAGGUGCGGAUGAAAUGGCGUGGGGCUCGUCUUCUGCGUCCCCUCCUUCAGUUUGUUCUAGUCCUUCUAGCCCUAUACACAGGGUUCAGUCGAAUCUCAGAUCACAGGCACCACCCGUCGGACGUGGCUGUGGGUUUCAUGCAGGGUGCGCUGGUCGCAUACUGGGUGGCAUUCCACAUUUCUGAUUUGUUUAAGCAGAAGAGCUCACAAUCCGUCUCAGUUCCUCCGAGGACCGACAGUCCUGAAACCUUUACAAACUGUUAGAGACAGCUGAGAAGAAGGGGAAAGAGGAGAAGGCAGCUUACCUGUGGUUUAGCGAGAGGUCUGUAGAGAGACAGAGGAGGUGGAAGACUCGCCGAGACGCGUGAAAAGUCCGACGGGCCAUCAAGAGCUGGACAGAAGGACAAAUGCUGGCCACCGGUGGACAACUUAGACUUUGCCUCCCGUUCUAACCGUGAAACUUUAUGAAGGACUAAUUACUUUGAGCCGUGGCCCUCUCCUUGUGGACAGCUCAUAAGUGUAUAUUACUCCCUGGGAUAUAAAAAGGGUUAUCUUGGAGCAAAAGCCAUAUAUUUUACUUGCACUUCAUUUACUAACCAAAUGAU